AUGUCCAACAAAGAAGGCGGCGCCUCUUUUACCGCCCUUGACUUCCAACACCUUGCGACCGCUAUGACCUGCACCAAGUCUCCCAUCGAAGUCGACUACAAGCUAUAUGCCGAAAAGGCUGGUUUCAAGAACGCGGCAUCGGCUAAGGCUUCGUGGAACGGUCUGAAGAAGAAGAUUGAGAAAGUUGGCGGAGGCGCUACCGUUUCCCGCUCUCACACGAUCACGGACUCGGCUGAGAACAGCAAGAAGGGUGGCAAGGGUGGAAAGAAGCGCAAGGGGGUCGAGGGUAGUGACGAUGGUGAGGGAAUUGGUGAUGGUGAGACCAAGAACUCAAGUAGCAAGAAAGGUCCAGCCAAGAAGAAAGGUCGACAGGCUCCGACUAGUAACAGCAAGACUAAGGACAAGGUCGUGAAGGAUGAGAUUGAUGAAGAGCCGGAGCCGGAGGUCUAG